AUGCAGCUCUUCACUCGUAUCGCUGCUUUGGCUGCGGCUGCAGCUCCAUUUCUCAUUCAGGCAGCUCCUGUUGCGGCGCCUCCGCCGAAUGAGGUGAUUCCUGGAAAAUACAUUGUCCAAUUGAAGCCUGACACCGACGUCGCAUCUGUCGCAGCUCACCACAACAAAGUGCGCAGCAUACAUGCCCGCAAUGUAGCUCGGCGAGGUGACGAUGGUUCGGACGGUUCCCCGGUGGAGCACGAGUACGCGUUUGGCGACUUCAAAGCCUACUCUGGGUCGUUUGAUGAGGCGACCGUUCAAGAGCUCAAGAGCCUACCCGAGGUCCUCACUAUUGAACAAGACUUCAUCAUGCGAACCAACGCCAUUGUCACUCAGUCGAGUCCACCUUGGGACCUGGCUAGCAUUUCUUCUCGCACGCCGGGAGCUACUUCUUAUGUAUACGACGACAGUGCAGGCAAAGGCACCUUCUCCUACGUCAUAGACACUGGCGUUCGUAUCACUCACAACGAUUUCGAGGGACGGGCAAUCUGGGGCUUCAACGCCGUAUCAGGAACUGCUAACGCAGACAAUGACGGCCACGGAACGCACGUAGCUGGUACCGUUGGUGGUGCAAAGUAUGGUGUCGCCAAGAAGACCACGAUCGUAGCUGUAAAGGUCCUGGAUGGCGCCAGCGGAAGCGCAUCCGAUGUCUUUGCAGGCUUUAACUGGGCAGUCAACGACAUUGUUUCCAAGGGCCGAACAAACACCGGCGUCAUCAAUAUUUCACUUGGUGGAUCCGCUUCUACCACAUGGGACGCCGCCAUCACUGCAGCUUGGAACAAAGGUGUCCUCAUCGUCGCAGUAGCAGGAAACUCGAACGCGCCCGCCAGCAACAACUCGCCAGGUCGCUCUCCCGAAGUCAUCUGUGUCGGAAAUGUUGAGAUUGACAACACGAGGCACGGUGGCGGCGGAGGCUCAAACUACGGCUCUGCUGUCGACAUCUUCGCUGCAGGAACCAACAUCGUUUCGGCGUCCAACUUGAACGACUCAGGAUCGGCAACCCAGACUGGUACUUCCAUGGCGUCUCCUCAUGUAGCUGGUCUGGUUUCGUACCUCCGCGGUCUCGAGGGGCCAUCGACUGCCGCCGCUGUUAAGGCGAGGGUGUAUGCGCUGGGCACGCCAAACGUUGUGAAGGACCCUAUGGGCUCAACAAAUUUACUGGCAUACAAUGGUAACAAAUAG